CGGCUCGCCUCUCUACCGGCAGAGAUGUCGAGCUACUACACGGAAGAGCAGGCCAGCCUCGCCACCUCCAUCUACCGGUCUGCACACCUCACCGCGAUUGGCCUCUGCCUCGCCUCGGCGGUUCAGGGCCUCCUCCGCUGCUGCUGCGUAAAGCCCGACGGCUGUGCGGCCGGCUAUCUGUUUGCAUUCACCUCUCUCACGCCGCUCCUCCUCGGCGGCGCCCUCGCCGCCCCAAUCAUCUUCGACACGGCAGCCUGCUGGGACGACAGCCCAUUCCGCAAGGUUCCUCCGAUCCUCGGGGCGUCGGACCUGUCGGCGUCAUUCAUGGAGUGCACGACCGACGCCGAGAUCAACGUUGCGUACGCCCUGUGCGCGACCAUCGGCGCAGCGGCGACGGCCGCCUUCCUCCUUCUAGCGCGAGAUCUCGCGGAGCUCUCGCGGAUCGGUGGAAGCGGCUCGCGUCUCGCGCCGCUCUACUACGCCCUGCCCGCCGCGUCGGUCGUGGUCGGCGUCAGCCUCGCCGCGGCUCUGAUUGCGCCGCUCGAUUGGGGCGAGGUGAAGCGCGUCGGCGCCGGCACCUACUUUGGCGCCUCUCUGGCGCUGGUCGCCGCCUUUGCCGUCUCGGCCUGCUCCUUUCGCGACGCCGCCGAGGCGAGGCUGCCGGCGUGCCUGACGUGGACGCAGGUUGUGCUCGGCCUGGCGCACGGCGGCUUCUACUUUUUUGGCGUCUGCGGGGACCUCUUUGAGGAGGAGGAGGACUCCUUCGCGCGGGACGUGUGCAGCACGGGCGUGGUGAUGGCGGAGUACGUGCUGCUUCUGAAUCAGCUCUCGUGGGUCUCAGAUCUCGUUGUGGCGCUCGCGCUGCUGAAGCACACUGAGUCGCGGCGCAAGCUGGCGGCGGCGGUGGCGGACGGCUUCUUCCUCGAGUCCGCCUGAGCGGCCCUCCUGCCGUGUGUAGUAUGUUUUUUCUUCCGCCACCCACCCCAGCGCACCCAGGCGCCAGGCUGUUCCUUACUGGCCAGGCGCGUGCAGCUGGCAGGCCAGCGUUUUGAGUUUUACUCUGUUACGAAGGGGUGGUCAUCCGGGGUCCGAUGAACAACAGUCUUGGAAUGUCCAUAUACAGUCCAUUUCGAUGUGU